CGACUAAAGCGACACCCGUAAUUACGCAUUACGCUGCCAGUUAUCUCCGUGCACUCAUGGUUUUCUCAGACCAAUUUUCAAUUUGCGCACUCUUCAAAAAAGACCGUGGGUGAAGCUUGAGCUGGGUGUAGCUUUAACCAUAGUAGACUACAGAUGAUAGGUUUUCUCUUUCUCACCUUUUCCUUACUCCCUAUUUUCGAGCUUCCUUGUUUAAACUGGUUUACGCAGACGCUUUAUGGCACGAUGGUCAAUCCUGGUCACGCAAGCAAAGGAUGCACAACCUGCAAGAUGAGGCGAAUUAGGUGCGACUAUAGUCGUCCGUUUUGCCUGCGUUGCGCUAAGUCGAAGAGAGUCUGUUUGGGUUAUGAUACUCAGAAAGAGCAAGCAACGGCCUCUCACAAAAGGAGCCCCAUUUACAACAAUGCCGAUCUCAUGAUACAACCUUCAGCUAUUGUGGGCAAACUGGAUGGAAUGAGUUCCUUAUCAAGCUCCGAUUAUUACAAAACAAAUACCAGCGCGGGCUUACCACACAUUGAUCGCUUUAUUAAUAUAUUUACCCCGCUUUACGGCGGAAAAGUCGACUUUCAGCCUACCUGGCAACAUUUUUACCAUGAUCUGGGAACCGGAAGAAAGGAUCUCGCAAGAGUCGUAUGGCGUGUGCUUAAUACUUUAAACACGGGCUUCUAUUCACUACAUCAAUCUAUGCAGACUAUAGCGGCACGAAAAGAUCUGCUUGAAAGAUACGGCUCCGCUAUAAGGGAGCUGAGAGAGGCUCUCACAAACUGGCCAACUUCACUUGCCUUGGUUACUCCAGUUUUUCAUUUUUCCUUGUAUGAGAUGGUUGUCAAUCUAGAUCCGGCAGACAGAACAUGGCAGACUCAUCUUUAUGGCCUAUUAAGUAUACUUCGGCAACUACCGGGAAAUUUUACUAGAUUCACUUUAAUUAAGGCAAUAAAGAUUUCUGAAUCAGCAAAGGAUGUCCAUAAAGCUUUGGAAUUAUCAACUGCGGACGGCCUGGAGAGGGCGUGCUUGCUAUUGGAUAUUGUCAAGCUUCAGCUUCGUAAGCUGGUAACCGAGAUGGAUACUAAUGCCAAUAUUUCACUAAUGACUGUACGGAAACUGGAUAUGCAGAAAUUGCGCGUGUCUAUUAAGUAUGUUCAAAAACAAUUGGACCUAUUUCCUAUGAUACUGCGCGAAACCGUGUAUUCUAAGAUAGCAGUCAUUGGCAUCGAUAGACCUCGCAGCGGUAACCAGACAGUUAACGAGUCACAAUUCUUUGUCACACUAUGGAAUGACUUUUACACUCUGCGGAUUAUAACAUCAACUAUGCUUCUUAAUAUAGGUAGCGUGGUUUAUCCGAAUGCGGUCUACAGUUGCAAAAGAGAAUUUACGGUAUUAUCAAGUAUGAUACAAGAAGCUGUCAGCAGAAUUUGCUCUAUCACUGCUUAUUACACCGGAUCAUAUCCUCAGGCAACGCUAGAUUGCUUCGAAAUGCCAGUGAUGAAGACAACACAGGCUUUGACUUUGAUAUGGCCAUUAUCUUCCGUUUUAAUAGCUCCAGAUCUAACAGAUCAGCAACAAAAUUGGGUUAAGAACGUACUGCGGAGUAUUGGGGAACAAUGCACAAUUCCUAAAGCAUUGUCAUUGGCAUGCACAGGGAAGGGAAAUAUACCACAGUCAGAUAUAUUAGCAGGCAUCCUCCUUGUUAGCCUACUAAAUAUCUUACCACAACCUACUUUUUUCUAUGAAAGACAAACCUGCGAAAACAAAGUAAUUUAACUCCAGGACUAGUUUGUUCACAAUUUAGCGGAAUUGUGCACGUGCAUGGGUGCUAGAGUUGGAUUUCAUAUAUCCUUAUAGAUUUAAUAUUUAACCUCUGGUCAUACGUAGGUCGUCUAUAAUAGAUUUCUUCUGGC